AUGGUUUCCAGAGGACACCGGGUUAAUGUUAAUGAGAGGGGCAUGUACCUGGGCUCGCCGUGCGACACCACGUGCAACCCCAAGUUGGUGCACGUGUACUGCGAGCCGAGCACGCAAUCGUGCCAGUGCGACACCAAACACCCCGUCGCACUCGGCGUCACUAAGGGAUGCGCCAAACCCAAGAAACUCGGAGAGCAGUGUUUCUACCGUCAGACAUGCCGAGCCUUCGAUGCGCACGCAUCUUGUGUGCAGGUCAAUCAUAAUGCAUACUGCCAGUGCGACCCUGGCUACCACAGCACAACCCACUCUAGACCCACACAAAGAGUCUUCUGCACCGAAGAUCUGGUUCUGCUGACGGCGGACAUGCCGACGCUGCUGGGCGUAGCGUCGGGAAUCUUUGUGCUAGCUGGGUUGCUCUGCAUGGUGCUGCAUCUAUAUACCAGGGCGCGAUAUCACCCCACGCAUUUAGCUGAUGCCAGGCUUACGCCCCCAUGUUUGUACUCGCUCAAUGACACAGGUGGAACGGUGAGCGGGACGCGUGCGUCGUCCCGCGCGUCUUCGCGCAGCGGCUGCACGAGCGGCACGCUGGAGCUGGAGUCGUCGGCGUCGCGGCGGGCGUCGCGUCGUGGCGGCGGCGUGGCGGUGUCGGCGUCGCGCGCAGGUGCGGCGCGCACGGCGGCCAUCUUGCUAAUCUCGCGCCACCUGAAGGCCGUAAGGCGGGACGGCGGCGCGCACCCGCCUAAGUGCGCCGCCAAAGGUUCGCGACGUCCAAGUAUAAGUUCUAUGCAGAGCAGCUCAUCUUCUAUCAGGAGUUAUAGCGCUAAGAAGUGGGAGAGAGAGAGGGAGCAGAAGGAAAGGCGGCAAAUGAGCAUGCGUCUCGCUCAGUUGCACGACAAGAUGGCGGCUGGGCGGGAAAUUCCGAAGCAUGCACCGACGCCGUCGCCUCGCUCGCCGAACAACUCCACAGAUGGGCUGCUGCCUUCUGUAUGUGAAAUUAGAGAACUUGCGUCGAAUCCAGAUCAACAGCUGCAGGGCGUUGACGGGCCUUGUUCCAGCUCGUCCCUUUACUGACAGCACGCUCACCCGAAGACGCGUCGGUCUCUAGACUCCCUCGCCACUGAUGGUGUGCCAACCAUCGCCUGGAUGUAACCGCUCCGACAGAUCUUCAGAUCAACUGCAUCCAACUCUAGGACUACCCAAGUGCA